UGUAUCCACACGGAGGUGGCAGCUGAUGCACAGAGGUCAGUAGACUUCAAUCCAUUGUCUCUAUCAGAACAAGUUUAUUCAUGUUCACAAAGUGGUCUACUCUACAUCAGAAGAACUAAACGCUGAUUGGAUGAUUACUUUGGAAGACUCCAGUAAUUAAUCCAUAACUGUUUGCAGUGUCAAAGCUCUGAGGAUUUGAAUCCAAGAUGCAGAUUUGGUUGCUUUUUGUAUCAAUUUCUCUGGUGAAUGUUGAGAUGAUUGGAACGGAGUUGUGCAGAGCUGGACAUCCUGGAAUUCCUGGAAACCCUGGUCAUAAUGGCAUUCCUGGAAGAGAUGGGCGGGAUGGCUCCAAGGGUGACAAAGGAGACACAGGUGAAGUUGGGAAAUCUGGACCCAUGGGACCUCAGGGGCCUAAAGGUGAACCUGGAAAGCCAGGACCCCCUGCUGGACCAGGUAUAAAAGGAAGAAGAGGAGAACAAGGAACUAAAGGAAUACCAGGCAAAAUGGGACCAAAAGGAAUUGCUGGGCCACUUGGACUUAAAGGACAAAAGGGGGAAAUUGGGCUUCAAGGGAAACAGGGCAUCAAAGGGGAUUUAGGACCUAGAGGUCCAAAGGGAGAAGAAGGACCUUUUGGAGCUCAGGGAGACAUUGGAUUACCAGGUCCUGUAGGACCUAAGGGUUUGCCAGGUCCAAAAGGAGAGGUGGGCCCCAAAGGAUCAAGUGGGAAUCCUGGAAUUCAAGGUGUAAAGGGAAGUAAAGGGGUGAAAGGUGAAAAGGGAAACACUGGUGAAAAUGCCCUGAUAAGGAAUAGUGCUUUCAGUGUUGGAUUGACAGAAUUUUCCAAGAUGCCACGUUCAGGUACUCCAAUUAAAUUUGAAAAAAUCUUUUACAACAACCAAAAUCACUAUGACCCUACCACAGGGAAAUUUACAUGUGAAUUUUCUGGGGUUUACUACUUUGUCUAUCACAUCACUGUCUAUGUUAAGCAUGUAAGGGUUUCCCUGUACAAAAAUGGUAUUCAGACCCUGAAUACAUUUGAUAGUUAUCAGAGCAGUGAGGAUCAGGCUUCAGGGGGCACACUGCUGCAGUUACAACAUGGCGAUCAAGUAUGGCUACAAGUCAUUGGUGGUGAUCUUUUCAACGGGCUGUAUGCAGAUACCAAUGAUGACACGGUUUUUACAGGGUUUCUGCUAUUUACCGAAUGAAAAGGUUCAGUAAACCUUUCAUUGGAAAUAUAAAUUCAACCAACAACCCGGAAGAAACAAAUUGUCUGGACAUUUUAGCUAAAGCCCCACAAAUGCUGGAAAUCUGAAAUAAAAACAGAAAACGUCAGAAACACUCAACAGUCAGCAUCAGUGAAGAUCUCAUCAAAGAUCCUUCAUCAGAACUCUGAGAGAGUGAAGAGGUUGCAGACCAAAAUGCAAAAUGGGAGAGGGAUGAGAGAAUGUCUAAUCACUGUUAUCGGUGAAAAAGCAAUUAUGUUCACUAACAACAGGAAUUCUGCAGAUGCUGGAAAUUCAAGCAACACACAUCACAGUUGCUGGUGAACGCAGCAGGCCAGGCGGCAUCUCUAGGAAGAGGUACAAUCGACGUUUCAGGCCAAGACCCUUCGUCAGGACUAAUUGAAGGAAGAGUUAGUAAGAGAUCUC